AUGGCAAAAGAUGAUAAACUACAGAAUGUAGAGUUGGUCGAAGCUGAUCAACCAUAUAUUCUUGAACAGAUGGGACCGAUAGGUGGAUUAUUUGGAGAAGAGAUAGCAUUUCAGGGUGUGGUAGAGGUCAGCGAAGCAGGUGCAGAGCUCAAACAGAGGAUAUUGGUCAUAGGUCGUUACAAGACUCUAAUCAUCAAGAAGACAAAGUUCAUCAAGAAACUAAAACGACUCAUACAUCACUAUGAUCUCGUCGAGAUUGCUGAACCAUCCUCAAACGCUGGUCCUGCAAUAUCAGAUUACACCUGUAUCGAGAUCAAACAUAAGAGCAAUGCGGCUACAGCUACGAGUGUACCAGGAGUUGCAAUACCUACAUUGUUUAUAAAGGCACCUGAUCGCAAAAUUGAGAAUAUCAUCAUCAAAGCUAUGGUCUUUAUGACUUAUACAAUCUCAAGGGGCUUCCCUCCUGAAGCCCUGCUCAAGAUAAGCCUGCCCAAGGACAGGUAUCAAUCACCUCCUUUCAAUCAUGAGUUUGGAAUUGAUGGAAAGGGCAUUGCUGAGCAAUAUGUCGCACACUCACAUUACUUCAAUCGCAAGGCUACAUUGGACUUCCUCAGACACUUGGAAACAUUGUAUCACACUAGAUAUCCAGAGAUUGACUUUGGACAGAUACCUGGCAUCGAUCCAACAUGUUCCCUUGGAUUCAACUUGUUCACAGCCAUCACAUGCCUCAGACAUAACCCAUUCAUCAAGUCAUUGAAGAUAUGCAAUGUACCUCACAUCAAUGUUGUAUCGUCAGUCUCGGAAAUGAUGUAUACCAACACGGCUAUAUCAGAGAUCACAUUGUCAAACCUUCUGUCUGAGCAGUCGUUCGCUCCACUUGGCGUGACACUUCAGCACAUUGGCCAUCACAGCGCGCUGCAGGUGCUGAACCUCUCGAGCAACACUUUCUCCUACGAUGCAACAUCCCACCCAAGGGCAUGGCAUUGCUCUUCCCAGGCAUUCGAGCGCAACUUUGCCAUGUCACUCACACUCGAGAAGCUGAACCUGUCAGGCAAUCGCUUCCAAGACACAGGCACGUCGGCGUUUGUCUCGUGGCUUUGCAAGAUCAGGGGCGUACACGCUCUCAAAGAGCUGCGCCUCUCGGCGUCACAGCUCAACUUUGGCAUGCUGGCUGCGGCCCUGCGUGCACUCGAGGCUAUCGAACUGAUCGACUUUUCAAAGAACAAGAUUAAUCUUGCCAACACACGACUGUUGGCGACAGAGGCAGUGGGAUCAUUCCGUGCACUAAGAUAUCUGGACAUGUCAGAGUGUGGACUCUUUGGAGACUCACUGAGGACUCUGCUCAUGUCACUUGUUGCCAACAAGUUGCUGCCCAGAUACUCCCUAACGCUGAACGUCUCGAACAAUGGCUUCUCGGGCAAGUCGUCGACCGUGCUAUGCGAACUCCUGAAGGAGAGCACGUUCUUAGGCGGACUGGACAUCUCGAUGAACAGCUUUUCGACUCAGAAUCUCGUCGACAUCAUGGCUGCGAUGGCCGGUCUGUCAGGCAUGACAGCUUUUAACAUUGGCUACAACAACACAUCAGUCUCUGACGAUGCACUUAUCGCUGGCGUCGUCGACUUUGCGCACCGACAUCAACAACUCACCAAGCUUGGCGUGGCAGUGCACCGCGGACUGGCGGCCUCUCUCCACCCAUUGAUCCAAGCUCUGUACAACAACAAAUCGAUCACGGCACUCGACAUCACUGGCAACGACAUGAACGAUCAUGGCGCAUGUCUUUUGGCCGACUGUCUUCGCAACAACAAGUGUCUGCAGAAGCUGUUUGUGUCGGGCAACAAAUUCACCGCUGUCGGAUGGCAGUCACUCGCUUCGCCAUUCGUAUUCUAUCGCAACACCUCGCUGACCAAGCUGGAGCUGCCCAAGCCAAGCGACCAGCUAAUGACCAGCGACUCUAACCUACAAGUGCUGUCAACUGAGCGACGUCAACAACUAGAGGCAUCGUUCCAAUUGAUACGACUGCAUCUCGAACUCAACAAGAACCGAGUGUCUGCUGCCAGUAGGUUCAGCUACCUCCCAAGCAGCGAUCCUCCCCUCUACGUCAAGCCACCUGCAUCCGUGCCCGAACAUCUGGCACACCAAGAGGGCAGCUUAUCAUCGUCAUCAUCUCCAACGCUGAAAGGAAGUCUGAGCAGUAGCAACAUGAGCAAUGGAAGUAACGGCAGCAGCAGUGGCAGUGGCAGUAGUAAUGGUAGCAGCAAUCACAAGUCAAUGAUCCCAUCAAUAUUUGCCAAGCCAAUCAACUCAUUCACAAAGCCAAUCAACAGUCUCUUGCACAUGGCCGACAUGAAGGAGAUCCCAGAGGUGGGCUACAGUCCAGCCAGGAAGAUGUCCGUGCCCAACACCUGGAAUGACGAUGACUGGAAGCAACAACAAGCAUCAACCAAUGGCCAAGAUGAUGAAUAG